CAAAACAAAACCAGGAAGUAUGUCUUCCUGUCUUCUCAGGGUGUUGUUUCAUGACGAACGCAUUCAUUUUAAAAAUGACUCAAAAAAGUUUUAUACUUGCCUUAGGGAUUAUACCAUUUUGCAUUGAACAGAUACUUGGAUGCUCUUUGAAAAACGUUUCCUGCAACAAAAUAAAAACUUCUGCCGGAUUCACGUUUGAACAUGACUGUCCAGAGGGGAGCACGAUUUUCAUCAGUGAUGAGAAUGAGACUAUGAUUGGCUACGCAGAUUCAAGCAGUUCUAAUCAUUCGAGUGAGAUAGUGAACAUGGACAACAGUUCAGUCACCACAAAGAGCUGCCAAAACCUCUUGGUUGAAUGUCUUCUGCAUUCUAAAACUCUCUCUGAGAUCUGUUUGGAUUUUAAAGCAAUUACAGUUAUUGCAGCCAUGAUAACUGUGACCACUGUGACCACUGUCAUCAUAAUUGCUGGAGCAUGUCUUUUCUACUGGAAAAAGAAACUGAAGAAGCAGAAUCCCCUGACCUGUCCCUGCGUGCUAUAUAGCUGCGGAAAUUACAGGGAUCCACCGGGAUGUGUUGAAAAUUAUGCCGAACAAAAUAACACCCAGGACAGUGGAGACAUGACAACCCCAAACAUAGUUCCCUCUGACCAAAACGCCAUCAACAGGGAGGUGGAAUCCAGAUUGGAUGUUGAUCACACGGAUGAGGAUCGUGAGCCCGAAGGUCAACCACUGCUGCCGGAACAACGAGCUACCGGCCAACAUUUUGAGAUGACUGAAAAGGCUACAGCCUCGGUGAACGAGCAUUGUUCUGGCCAAGACCAAGUCAGGAAGUCUUCUGCUGCACAUACUGACGUGGAGUCAACAUCUAAAGACAAUCUCGUUGUGAUAGUAACACAAUAAGAAGCCAUGGUGAUAGUGAUUAAAUAUAUAUUAUAUAAAUAUAUAAUAUGAUAAUAUAUCAAUAUGAUAUAUA